UAAAUUAUUAUGUGGUGGUGAGUUGGAACUCUACUCAACACAAGCAGCCUUUGUCCCAAUUACUUGGAGACUGUUGAGUCUAUGCUCACAAUCAAGGGCCCUCAGGGAAGAAUAAAUAGAGCUGUCUGGGGACCCCUGAACAAAACUAUCGUAACUGCUGGUGAAGAUGCUGUAAUUCGUAUCUGGAAUUCUGAGACAGGAAAAUUGCUUAAAGAGUCCGACAAGGAAACUGGUCACAAAAAGACAAUUACAUCACUCACAAAAUCUGCAGAUAGCUCACAUUUUCUCACUGGUUCCCUAGAUAAAUCUGCUAAGCUUUGGGACAUCAGAUCGGUGACACUUAUCAAGACCUAUGUGACGGAACGUCCAGUUAAUGCAGUUGCUAUGUCUCCACUUCUUGAUCAUGUGGUGCUUGGAGGUGGUCAGGAUGCUUCAGCUGUCACAACUACUGACCAUUGUGCUGGGAAGUUUGAAGCCAGAUUCUUUGGCAAGGUUCUUCAAGAAGAAAUUGGAGGUGUCAAAGGGCACUUUGGACCAAUAAAUGCUUUGGCAUUCAAUCCAGAUGGUAAGAGGGUCAGUACCAGGUAACUUAAAAGGAGAGGCUGGGACUUCGGAGCCGUGAGCAUCAAUAAUUAUGGUAGAUAAAGGAGGAUGGCUAGAACUAAUAGUAGUAGUAGGAGAAGUUUUCCAUUUAUGUUUUGUGAUUGUUUUAACUUCUUUGUAAUGGUCGUCUAAAUAUUCAAAGAAAGGAAUUUCAAUAUUAUGUUCAAUCAUAAAUUUGAACCAUUUUCGAGUGACUACGGAUUGUUGAUUAGAAUUAUAUUUAAGUCGAUAAGCAUGACGCUUGAUUUUAUUAAUUUUAGAUUUAAAUUCAAUGUGUAAUUUAUCAA